AUGGAUUAUUUAUUAGAUCGUUAUAUUUUUGAUUAUUUACCUUUUCAAAUUUCUGAUGAUUUAAAGAAAUCAAUUUCUUCUUCUUCAAUGUCUGUUGUUAAGUAUGCCGAUUGGUUUUGCAAAACUCAAGAUGUUUGGAAUUUCUUUGAAAAUCAUUUUACUUUUCUUGCUGCUGAAAUUUUCUAUUUUUUGUUGUUUGCUUUUACUUUAAUUCAUGCUAUUCGUCUUGGUGGACGUUAUAUUUACACUUGGUUAGGAAUUUCUAUGUUGAUUUUCCAUCAGGAAUAUUUUCAACUUGGGAAGCCGCAAUACGAUUUUCAAUGGCAUUCUCAAGGGCUUUUAAGUUUUUGUGGUGGAAGAAUCCCUAUUUCGCGUGUUUUGGGUGUUCGGCAUGUAGCUAUAUAUUCUGCUGUUAUUUUUAGUGAAAGGGUUAUUACUCUUCCUCCACGAGAAUAUUCUUCUAUACUAGAACAUUUGGCUUAUUUUAAUUUUUAUUUUAUACAAAGUUUUGCAGCUUCUAUUUUGGUUAAUUUAGUUAAAUUAUUUAUUCUUUUAUCCUUCUUUUUUAAGGCUUUAAUUAUUAAACUUCCGUACGAUUUUCUUGGAACUUAUUUUCUUUGGUGGACUUGGGAUUAUGGUAAUCCGUUAAUUCAAGAGAAGAUUUAUGGUGUUCCUUGGAUAGCUUUUGCUCAUGAUGCUUCUUUAAUCUCUGCAUUUGUUUCCGUAUUAAAUCUUACACGACAUUUUGCUGCUGAGGAAACUUAUGAUUGGAAAAAGUUUGUCGAAGAAUUUUUGAUGGUUGCUCUUUCCGCCCGUGUUGCUUUUUUAUUUUUCACGCUUAUAUCUACUAAUAUUGUUAUUUUUGGGUUUUUUCUGUCUAUAAGAACAAUGGUGUUAAUUGCAAUUUCUGUCCAAAUUUUUAUGGUUAUUGAUGCUAUUUUAACCUAUGAAAAACACUCUUUCAAUCCUUAUUGGUUUGAUGAACUCUCUUUUGUUGUUUGCAUUCACUUUAUUUUUCUUAUGCUGUUGGUGGUGUUUUACAAUCCAAUUUAUGUUGUUAGUAGAGGAUUUCAUCAACCUAUUGGACCAUGCCAAGAAAAAUCUCCUCUAGUCAGAGAAGAGUUAGGCUUGGAAAUGGGAAAAUUAGGCUUGGGAAAACUAUUCUCAUUUUCAACGGUAAAAAUUUUUUCCCUUAAUUUUAAAAUUUUUCCUCUAAAGAAACUUGACAAAUCAACCUAUUUUUGUUUGAACGGAACUGGAAGUGAAUAUUUCGAUUUUCAUUGUGUUCCAGGUGGAAAACCUGUUAUUGAUGAUGAUAUUGUCGAAUGGUAUACAAUUUGUGGGAAAGAAUCUAAUUAUGAUUAUCAAUGGGAAUAUAUUUAUUUGAUUUGGUAUUUUUUUUUAAUUUUUUGGGGAAUCCUCUGUCCGGCUAAUAAGGGAAGGGAUGAGAAUAGCCUAAAAAGAUUUCUAAAAAAGCUAAAAUAUUUUUGUAAACCCCAACUAAAUUUUUUUAUAUAUUUUUCCUUUUCUAGUAUUUUUUUUGAUUAUCCUCAUCUCUUCUUUUAGCCGGACAGAGAGUUCCCUAAGAAGUUGAAUAAAAGGAGAGACGAGGAUAACCAAAAAACUAAUUUUCUUUUUUUAGGUUUAUCUGCAUUCAUGGCUCGAUAAUUCUUUACCAGGCAGCAUCUAAAUCUUGGGGAAUCGAACAUCCUUUUUCUAAUGUUAAGAAGAAUAAUUAAAUUGAUAAAAAUGGUAUACAAUAAUUUAUUUCUUUUAUUUAUUUCUCCCAAAGCCAUACUUUUUUUUUGAUUGAGAUUCUCUGCCUUAUUUUUCU